CCGAGUUCGCCCAACAAUUCUCAUCUCCCACAUCCUCCGCCCGUGUCGAGCGCGCGAGUGAGCAUCGCUUUAGUCUCCCCUUCCCCUAACCUCCUCCUCCUCCCUUGUCGUGGUUUCUCUCUAGCCCUGCUUCUCUGGUAAUUUGCUUCUGCCAGCUUCGGCAUCCCGUCACAAUGCCCGCCACGACAACCCUUAUUUCACGGGCCGGAGGCCAAUUGACCUUGAGGGGAUCAAUUGCUCUGCGAGGCACCCUCGGCGCCUCACGAUCCUCAGGAUUCACUCUACGACGGAGCCCAGCCCUUUCCGCGCUCGCACGGUACUAUGCCUCGAAAUCUUUCCCACCGCACACCGUCGUCAGCAUGCCCGCCCUGUCCCCGACUAUGACCGCCGGAAAUAUUGGAACGUGGCAGAAGAAGGUCGGCGAUUCGAUAGCGCCCGGUGACGUCCUUGUGGAAAUCGAGACCGACAAGGCACAAAUGGACUUUGAGUUCCAGGAGGAGGGCGUCAUCGCCAAGCUCCUCAAGGAGUCUGGCGAGAAGGACGUUGCAGUCGGCAGCCCAAUUGCUGUCAUGGUCGAGGACGGCGAGGACAUUUCUGCCUUCGAGUCCUUCUCUGUCGAAGAUGCUGGCGGCGAUAAGGCGGCUCCAGCAGCCCCGAAAGGAGGCGAAGCCUCAGAAGCCAGCGAACCUCCCGCUUCUGGGUCCGGUACUGCUCCUCCUGCGAAGGAGACCUCAGUUCCCGAACCCCAAGAAUCAGAAUCGGCGGGUGCCCGGCUGGAAACCGCCCUCGAGCGCCAGCCAGCUGUGUCUCCUGCUGUUAAGAAGCUCGCUUUGGAAAAGGGUAUCGCUCUUUCCGCUAUCAAGGGAUCUGGCCCGGGCGGAAAGAUCACCAAGGAGGAUGUGGAGAAGUUCAAGCCUGCUGUGGCUGCUCCGCCAGCUGGAGGAGCCACUGCUGGCGGGCCCACUUACGAAGACACGCCUGCUACAAGCAUGCGCAAAGUCAUUGCCAGCCGUCUCACUCAGAGUAUGCAACAGAACCCCCACUACUUCGUCGCCUCCAACAUCUCCGUCUCCAAGCUCCUUAAACUCCGCGAAGCUCUCAACGCGUCUGCUGAUGGCGCGUACAAGCUUUCCGUCAACGAUUUCCUCGUCAAGGCUCUUGGGGUGGCCGCACGCAAGGUUCCCGCCGCAAACUCGUCAUGGCGUGAGGAGGGCGGGCAAGUCUUCAUCCGCCAGCACAAUAUUGUUGAUGUCUCCGUCGCAGUCGCUACGCCUGUUGGGCUCAUGACCCCAAUCGUGAAGAACGUUGGUGCUCUCGGCCUCCAGUCAAUCUCUGCAUCCAUCAAGGAUCUUGGUAAGCGUGCACGAGACGGAAAGCUGAAGCCAGAGGAAUAUCAAGGCGGAACAAUCACAAUCUCUAACAUGGGCAUGAAUCCCGCCGUCGAACGCUUCACCGCUGUCAUCAACCCACCGCAAGCUGUCAUUGUCGCCAUCGGCACAACGAAGAAGGUUGCAGUCCCAGGAGAGCCUACAGGGGAUGGCACUGCAAGCGUCGAAUGGGAUGACCAGAUCGUGAUUACGGGCAGCUUUGACCACAAGGUCGUGGACGGUGCGGUUGGUGGCGAGUUCAUGCGAGAGCUCAAGAAGGUGAUCGAGAACCCGCUGGAGCUGCUGCUAUAGAUCUAUAAUGUUUGAUGGAUUUUCUUUUCUGGGGAAGGGUAUUGUGUGUAAGUCCUUCAGAGAGCAAGCGGGUGGUUCGGGAUAAUCUUGUACAAUGAUAUGGCAAUUUUCUUUUCUUUCACCUUCCACUCGAAUCAUCCCUCUAAGAACCUCUUUUGCCUCUUGCAUAGUCUGCACUUGUAACAAAAGAUUUGUUCUUCGGUAUUUCCUAGGUAGGGUGUGUAAUCAAAAAUUGUCAUAGAGUUCCUUCCUUCCACUUUCAUUCUAAUCCCCUGAUUGCCAAGUCACACAAUCACC